AAGAGUGGAAAAAUCGUAUUCAUGAAUCACAUACAUAUCUGUUGAUGCAAUAUUAGAAUAGAAGCUGGUAGACGUCUCUCCUUUUGUUUUGUUAUUUUUAUUUUUAUUUUUUGGUCAUCUUCUUUUUACAGUGGACAAUAGAAACUUUCAAUUGAACUAUUUGGCGUUGAGAAAAUGGAGGUGCAGAAGCCCCAAAUCCAAGUUCCAAGAGUUAAGCUGGGCAGUCAGGGAUUGGAGGUUUCUGUGCUGGGUUAUGGGUGUGCAGGACUCUCCGGAAUGCUAAACGCUCCUUUGCCUCAUGAAGCUGGAUGUCAUAUUAUAAAGGAAGCUUAUAAUAGGGGUAUAACCUUCUUUGAUACAGCUGAUGUAUAUGGGGGAAAUGACAAUGAGAUCAUGAUUGGCAAGGCUUUAAAGCAGCUUCCACGAAACAAAGUCCAGUUAGCCACAAAGUUUGGUGCUAUUAUCUCCGGGGAUUUUCAAUUUGAUGUGAAGGGCACGCCUGAAUAUGUGAGGGAAUGCUGCGAAGCUAGUCUUAAGCGCCUAGAUAUCGAGUACAUCGAUUUGUACUACCAACAUCGUGUGGAUACUUCGGUGCCUAUAGAGGAUACUAUGGGGGAGCUCAAGAAGCUGGUUGAGGAAGGAAAAAUCAAAUACAUUGGGCUAUCGGAAGCUAGUGUGGACACAAUAAGAAGAGCUCACAGAGUUCAUCCCAUCACUGCCCUGCAAAUGGAAUACUCUUUAUGGAGUCGAGAAAUCGAAGAUGAAAUCAUUCCACUUUGCCGGGAGCUUGGCAUUGGAAUAGUAGCAUAUAGCCCCCUCGGCCACGGAUUCUUUGGUGGGAAAGCAAUUGUUGAAAGUUUGCCGAGUGAGAGUUUUUUGAGUGGGCAUCCAAGGUUCACAGAACAAAAUCUAGAGAAGAACAAAGUCAUAUAUGCGCGGUUCGCUAACCUGGCUGCAAAGCAUGGCUGCACUCCUCCUCAACUAGCUCUUUCGUGGCUUCUCCAUCAUGAUAUAGUCCCUAUUCCUGGGACAACUAAAGUUGAAAAUAUAGAUGUCAAUGUUGGAUCAGUGGCAGUGAAGCUUACAAAAGAAGGUGUGAAAGAAAUCAGCGAUGCUGUGGCCGCACAUGAAGUGGCUGGGGAAAGAGAGCACUCCUCUACGUCUAAAUAUGCCUGGAACUUUGCUAAUACUCCACCAAAAUAGUUGCCAACUGAAGAAAUAAAUAGCCUACACAAAUGAAUGAAGAAUGAACAAAUAAAUUAAAAAUACUUGUUUCUCAAAAGUCCUGUUGAUGCAUUAUAGCAAUCGAAUUGGCAAGGAAUUGAACAGAAAGCGCUUGAUCAUAUUCUACUAGUUGAAACCACGUGCGGAAAUCCCGUGUGAAUAUUCUAAGGGAUUGUUCUUUUAGAGUUUAAUUUGAGUAUAAUUCU